GCGGGAUUAGGCUCCAGGUCCCAGCCUAGACGCUCAGGGUCUCUGAACUGACCCGAAAAGUGCAAACUCCGGAGCUUUGGGGGCUUCUUCUCUCCCUCCACCAAGACGAAAGCGCGCGGCGCGGGAGAUCGGGGGCGCGAGAAUGUCAGCCAAGUCCAAGGGGACCCCCUCCUCGUCCUCUGCAGCCGAGGGACCGCCGGCAGCCUCCAAAACCAAGGUGAAGGAACAGAUCAAGAUCAUCGUGGAGGACCUGGAAUUAGUCCUGGGCGACCUGAAGGACGUGGCCAAGGAACUUAAGGAGGUGGUUGACCAGAUUGACACCCUGACCUCCGACCUACAGCUGGAGGAUGAGAUGACCGACAGCUCCAAAACAGACACCCUGAACAGUAGCUCGAGUGGCACCACAGCAUCCAGCAUAGAGAAGCUCAAACUGCAGGCCAACGCGCCUCUCAUCAAAGCGCCGGCCCAUCCCUCUGCUAUCCUCACAGUCCUGAGAAAGCCCAACCCACCGCCGCCGCCACCCAGGUUGACCCCAGUGAAGUGUGAAGACCCCCAAAGGGGGGUCCCGCCCACCAAUCCCCUAAAGACCAACGGCACCCUUCUGCGCAAUGGAGGCUUACCAGGACCUCCCAGCAAAAUUCCGAAUGGAGACCUCUGCUGCCAGGCCAGCAAAAACUCGGACAAGGCUCCAGGGCCACCUCUGAUGCAUAGACCGGAAAAAGACAGGUGUCCACAGGCGGGGCCGCGGGAGCGCGUGCGCUUCAGUGAGAAAGUGCAGUACCACGGCUAUUGCCCCGACUGUGACCCCCGAUUUCACAUCCAAAGCAGGGAGGUGCACUUCCACAGUGAACCUGGCCACAGCCUGGGCAAGCCUCCACCCCCAGGCCCUCCCCUCCCGCCGCCACCCCAUCUCCCUCCUUUCCCGCUAGAAAAUGGGGGGCUGGGCAUAAGCCACAGCACCAGCUUCCCCCCAAUCAGACUUGCAACUGUGCCUCCUUCCACUGCACCAAAACCACAGAAGACCAUCUUGAGGAAGUCCACUACCACAACAGUGUGACGUCUGCCAUUGUCAAAAGCAAACUUUUUGUUGUUUUCUUUUCCUUUCUAUAUUAUAAACGUAAAAUUAUAAGUAAUGAGCACUUUCUGCACAAGCAAUAAAAAGCCCAAAUAUAUAAAUCCUGCGUUCAGCAAAGUGGCAUAAAAAUUACUUGUUCCUUCAGGUUGAAAGGAAUAUCUUUAUUUGGAGGCACGUCAGCCAACUUUUCUCACUCCAAAUUCAUCAUUAAGACUUCCUGAGACCAGAUUUAAUUUUGAAGUAACCAGGAACUGUUCAUUUCGGAGCAGCAAAUCCCUUCAUUCUGGAGCACAAGGGAUCAAGAGAGGGUCUGCAUAAAAUCAUCUGCCUCUAGUCUGACAGCCAUGAGCGGGGGCAGGGGGGAUAAAAAAGCCACAGCCUUAAAUCUCUCCACUUAGAAAUCAACAAGAAGAUUUGAAAAAAAAAUAAACAAAUGUGAAAAGGACUUAAAAAGCCAGCCAACAAAGAAAUGAAACCAAACGAAACCCACUUCACUUCAUCCCGAAUACAAUUAUUCUCACAUGUGAACCCCAGCAAAUGUAUAAUCAGCCAUUAAGCUAGUAAAUCAUCAAUUGAUUUCUCGGGGGGAAAAGAAAGUAUAGAGAUAGGAUGUAUCUCUAGCAGAAUGACACACUUUAUAAACAAAGCAAACUGAACAGCUUAGCAGCAGGACGGCAGUGAAGACCAUUAAGGAAGUUUUUAGUGUGGGCAAAGAGAGAGAGAGGAUGGUCGCCACCUUGUGUCCACCUCAAAGCCAUAAAGGAAAACGUGUUGUCAUCAAGUGCUUGAAAAGUGACCUUCAUUCAGUCCUUCACUGCAUACCUGUUGAGAAAGGGGAGAGGCCAGCUCUUUUGAUGACUUCUCAAUGCACUUCAAAUAUUUGCACUGUCACUUCCAUUCAGGGUAAUGAUGUGUGCUGGGAUUUGCACAGAUGGUCCAGUGAGUUUUGAGACCACAGCAGUUUCUUUCAAGAGUCCAGAAAAAAAAAUCAUUGAAGAAUUCUCCAGACAUCAAUUUCUCUUUCUUCGUUAUUAUCACUUAUCUCUUAAAACAUGGACUUGUCUCACAUUUUAAAACAACUACAGAAAGAUAAUAAAAAAAAAUUAUGAGUGUGGUCAAAAUAAAUGAAAAAGGAUCAAAAGUUUUUUUAAUUAAACAAAGAUCAUUUUAUAUCAUUAACAACUAGUAAGUCAAAUGCAGUGAACUGUACACUAAAAACUUGUGUUGAACAUCUAUUUGUUCUCUCAAUUUAAAGAAGUCAUUUGUAAUUUGUAUUUGACAUAUAACAGUUUUUUAUAGUCAUUUACCUAAGCUUCAUGGGAAAAUGUACCAGACAAACAAACAGCAUUUUCAGUUUAUUUUUCUAAAUAAAUGUGUUGUUUGUAUUAUU